UCCGGUACCACGAAUUCGCUGCACACACCGGUUGUUUCAAGCCAACUGCUCAGCAGCAGCAGCAGCAGCCAGCCGGAAGCACCGGGGAUUCCCGGAUCUCUACAGCCAUCGCCAGCGAGCAACAGUGCCGAGCAGACCACCGGGCGAUUCCUGAACAUUCCUGGGACUGCUGGCUCGCUGCCAGCAGCGAUGCGUGCGCCACCACCACUGGGCGCCCCAUUUGUGAAUAAUUUUGUGCCAGCCGCAAUCUCACCAUACACCGCAAUGACGACAAAUUCUACGGCGCCCUCAUCGCAGACAAGGCCACCACAACCACAUCUUGCAUUCACUGUACCACCGCCCAGGGUUAUGCCUGUGGCACCACCAACUUCCCUAACAAUCGCUCCCCCGGGAUUGCUGGACUUCCCCAGUAGCUCAAGCACUUCGGCUUCUUCCCUCAGUCGGCAUUCAUUCCCAGCACCCUCGCCAUCAAGCUCGAAAUCCGCAGCAACAACCGGCAUAUCUCCGGCCAAAAAUUUCCCCCCGAAACCACUGAUACCCGCGACAAAUGCUACUGCUAGGGACAGCACUGAUCCAGCAACUUCAAGUGGUAAUGGUACGUUACGGCACCAAGAUUCCACCAGGAAACGUUCAGCCGGUGAUUUCGAUGCUCGUCGAUUAUCAUCGUCAUCGUUUGGGGGAUAUCGCGAUGGUGGUGUUGCUUCUGCCGAUGGUGGUAGUGGUGAUGACAGAGGAGGUCGCGGUGAUAUGCGUGAUCCACGAAGACGUGAACGUGAUCGAAGCAGCCAAGAGCAUGAGAAUGGUGGUAGGCGUUAUUCUAGUGAUAAUCGUACCAUCACCACUCGUUUUCGAGAUUAUGAUCGUGACAACAAUCGCAAUCGCCGUUACGAACCACCGCCACGAAACAGCGAUCGACGUUAA